GGUCUUAGGGACCCUGGCGUGACCAGUCUCAGCCCAACAGUUAAUCCUGGCAAAACAAGCCGUCACAGACUGUAUAUCUAUGUGGCUUGGUCCUCAUCUCUCUAAUACCGGUAAACCCAGUCGAUGUUUCAUUGGCAAGUUGUCUCUUGUCCCUUGCCUCUUGAGAUGCCUUCCAUUCACAGCACCUCAUACCUUCACACUCUGGUCCAACGCUCGGACUGGAAGAGAAUCAGCGCGGCGUUCGUGUUUGUUCCCGUAUUGAGUAUAGCUACGUGGUGGAUUGUGACGUAUUUUACAUCACCGCUCCGAAAAUAUCCAGGACCUCGUUUAGCCGGCUGGACCAACUUAUGGCGCCUGUGGACUGUGAGGAAGGGUAGCUACCACAUUAGGAUCAAAGAACUUCAUGAUCAAUAUGGCCCUGUUGUUCGCAUUGGCCCCAACACUCUGGAUCUUGACAUCCCCGAGCUAAUCAAUACCCUCUAUGGUACUGAUGGCAAGUGGAAGAAGACUGAGUUUUAUCACAAUAACAGUGCUGUCAUCAAUGGCAAGAUCACAUAUCACCUGUUCAGCACCACUGAUCAGGCUGAGCAUGCCCGCAUGAAGCGUCCUAUUGUCAAGUACUACUCUCAGAGCAGAGUCAUAGGUCUUGAGCCUCUGUUUGAUGGUUUGAUCAGCGAAUUCUGCGACCAUCUUGAGCAGAGGUUCAUGAGCGGUCCUGAGCCAACAGGAUUCGACUUUGGCGAGUGGAUCGGUUUCUAUUCGUGGGACGCAAAUGGUGCUGCUUCCUUUAGCCAGCGGUUUGGGUACAUGGAUAAAGGGUACGACUAUGACAACACCAUCUCUAUUGCCGAUAAGGCCCUUGACUAUUUCGCCGCUGUCGGCCAGAUGCCCUUCCUCGACUUUCUUCUCGAUAAGAACCCCAUUAUGCGAAUCGGCCCUCCCAACUUGGCUAACAUCACUCGCAUCUCGCUGGAACAUUUGAUCUCUCGUCUGCAAGGGAAGGAUGAGAACUUCGACCCGAAAGUUCCUGACUUUCUGAACCACUUUAUCGAAUCAAAGAAGACAAACCCAGAUCUAGUCAAUGAUGGCAUUAUCAUGGGUUAUCUUCUUGUCAACCUCCUUGCAGGCGCUGAUACCACUGCUAUCACCAUACGCGCUUUCUUCUGGUACACUCUCCAUAGCCCUAGUGUUUAUUCCAAGCUUGAGAAGGAGAUCCUGGCUGCCGGCAUCGACAAUGUCGCCUCCUUCAGCUCAGCACGAGCAUUACCCUACCUUGAAGCUUGUGUCCGUGAAGCAAUGCGUAUGCAUCCAGGUGUAUGCAUGCUACUUGAACGCUACGUCCCCGAGUCCGGCCUGAAGCUUCCGGACGGCAGCUUUGUGCCUCAAGGGACAGCGGUAGGCAUCAACCCGUACGUUGCCGGACGUAACAAGGGCGUCUAUGGCGAUGACGCUGACUCAUAUCGCCCUGAACGCUGGCUCCAAAAUGAAGGCGAGACUGAGGAGGAAUAUAACAAGCGAAUUCGACUCUACAACGCCGCCGACUUGACGUUUGGUAGCGGCUCGCGAGUCUGCAUUGGUCGCCACCUGGCUCAGCUCGAGCUUUACAAGAUCAUAGCCACGCUUAUCAACAAGUAUGAGAUCUCUUUAGUGGAUCCAGCCGCACCAUGGGUAGUUACUGGUAGCUGGUUUCCUCGUCAAAGAGGUCUUGACUGUUACUUAAAGAAGCGAGCCUAAUAUAGUUAAGCAAGAUACUUGACUAUAAUAGUUAUAGUUCUUGAUUGAUAAAUUAUACUCAUAUGUAAGACUAACUGCAA